UUGCCUGUUACCUGUCCAAAACCAAAAGGAAUUGAAUUCUUUUGUAGCUAGUAACAGACAAACUACUAAUAAAACAGACUGAAAACGUUUAUGAAGCAAUCUUCCCAUAAACUAACUUCCUAUGCUGCUCUCCCUUGUCUCUUUCCUUUCCUAGUCUCCAUUUUUCUUUGUAGAUGCUGAAGCAUCUUUUCUUGUUUCUUCCUGCUAUCUGUAUCUUUUUCCUUGAGGGUAAUUUUUAACAUUUCGUUUCCUCCAAACUUUUUUAGUUUGACCUACUUUAGGGGUCCUCUUCUCCCGCCCACCCCUUUCAUUUCUCUACCAUUCUCUUUCCAUUCAACUUUCCUUCGUUUCGCUCUCUCCCAUCCUGCAGGGCUACUAAGUGCCAGGUAUGCACCAGGACUGUACGCAGAAACUGCAGUUCCUCUAGCAGGGGUGCCUGGAUGCGGGCAGUCAAGUGCCCUCAGUCACCUUUCUCUCUGCUCCCUUAGCCGACUUCAGGAGGAGACGGCAGUGGUGGCUACUGCAUCUGGCAAGGAAGGAGCAGGCCAAGAGCCCAAGUGAAGUGGGGGAAGCACAAGUGCAGCACAUCACCACAAGAUGAUGCAGUGCCACAUCACAACAUUACUUUGAGACCUGUCACCAAGACCACCAAAACUGAAAAUGCUGGAACAGACGAGAUGAGUACUCCUUUCACUAAGGCCUAGAAUUGCCUGUUGAACAACAGUCCUGAUCAGGCAAUAUACGAAUGGCCCAAGGAAGCCACCAAAUAGAUUUUCAGGUUUUACAUGACCUGCGACAAAAAUUUCCGGAGGUACCUGAAGUUGUUGUGUCCAGAUGCAUGUUACAGAAUAAUAAUAACUUGGAUGCCUGUUGUGCAGUUCUGUCUCAGGAGAGCACGAAGUAUCUCUACGGUGAAGGAGACCUAGGUUUUUCGGAUGAUUCUGGGAUUCCUGGACUACGAAAUCACAUGACAUCUCUUAACUUGGAUUUGCAGUCACAGAAUGUGUAUCACCAUGGACGAGAAGGAAGUAGAAUGAAUGGAAGUAGGACUUUAACUCACAGCAUUAGUGAUGGACAUCUUCAAGGCAGUCAGCCCAAUAGCGAACUGUUUCAGCAGGAACCACAGACAGCACCAGCUCAAGUUCCACAAGGAUUUAAUGUCUUUGGAAUGGCUAAUACAGUUAGUACUUCUAAUCCAGGACAACACCUGGGAUUUCACAUAGGCAGCAAAGGAGCAUCUAGCCUCUCUCAGCAAACACCCAGAUUCAACCCCAUUAUGGUAACAUUAGCUCCCAAUAUUCAGCCUGGUCGCAAUACCCCAACGUCUUUGCACAUACAUGGUGUACCUCCACCUGUACUUAAUAGUCCACAGGGAAAUUCUAUCUAUAUUAGGCCUUAUAUUACAACUCCAGGUGGUACAGCUCGACAGACACAGCAGCAUCCAGGUUGGGUGUCUCAGUUUAAUCCCAUGCAUCCUCAGCAAGUCUACCAGCCUUCACAACCAAGUCCCUGGACUACUCUUCCCACAUCAAGUCCUCUACCACAUACCUCAUCACAACAAUCAUCACAGCCAAACCAACAAGGCCACCAAACUUCUCAUGUCUAUAUGCCUAUCAGUUCACCCACUACUCCACAAGCACCCAUGAUUCAUUCAUCUGGUAGCUCACAACCUGCUACCCAUAGCCAAUAUAACAUUCAGAAUAUCUCAACAGGACCUCGCAAAAACCAAAUUGAAAUCAAACUUGAACCACCACAAAGAAACAAUUCUUCAAAACUGCGUUCAUCUGGUCCUCGCACUUCCACUAAUCCUUCUUCCCUCAACAGCCAGACAUUAAGUAGAAGUCAGCCCACUGUUUACAUAGCUGCCAGUCCACCAAAUACUGAUGAAGUGAUUGCCCGCAGUCAACCUAAGGUCUACAUUUCAGCAAAUGCCACAACAGGAGAUGAGCAAAUUGUGCGGAACCAACCAACACUCUUCAUAUCAACAAAUCCUGGUGUAACUACCACCUCUAGGAAUAUGUCUGGUCAAGUAAGCAUGGGUCCUGCAUUUAUUCAUCACCAUCCACCCAAGAGUCGAGCAGUGGGCAACAACACCACUGUAACCUCUCCUCGAGUGGUGGUCACACAGCCUAACACAAAAUAUACUUUUAAAAUUACAGUUUCUCCAAAUAAACCCCCUGCAGUUUCACCAGGGGUAGUAUCCCCCACCUUUGAACCUACAAAUCUUCUAAACCUUCCUGAUCACUAUGCAGAACCAGAGGGUAUCCAGCAUCUUACUGACCCUGUUUUAGCACAUGUGGAUAGGAUCAGUGAUGCACGGAAAUUGAGUGUGGGAUCUGAUGAUGCUGCCUACACACAAGCUUUACUGGUACACCAGAAAGCCAGGAUGGAGCGACUUCAACGUGAACUCGAGAUUCAAAAGAAAAAGUUAGAUAAACUAAAAUCAGAAGUCAAUGAAAUGGAGAAUAAUCUGACACGAAGGCGCCUGAAGAGAUCGAAUUCUGUUUCCCAAAUUCCUUCACUGGAAGAAAUGCAACAGUUGCGAAGUUGUAACAGACAACUGCAGAUAGACAUAGAUUGCCUAACCAAAGAGAUUGAUCUCUUUCAAGCAAGAGGACCACAUUUUAAUCCCAGCGCUAUUCAUAAUUUUUAUGACAAUAUUGGAUUUCUAGGUCCUGUGCCACCAAAACCCAAAGAUCAAAGGUCCAUUGUCAAAACACCAAAGACUGUUCCAGACACAGACGAAGACGAGGGAGCUCAGUGGAAUUGUACUGCCUGUACUUUUUUAAAUCAUCCAGCCUUGAACCGUUGUGAACAAUGUGAAAUGCCCAGGCAUUUCUAAGCCAACAGGCCCAUUAUCUUUUGUAAAACCAUAACAAACCUACAAUGGACUGUUCUGUCAUUGGGAAAAAUCAUUUAUGCAUAGGAUUUUGUAAAAUUGAAGGUUUGACAAGGUGGUGUUUUGCUAAUGUUAAAUGUCAGCCCACAGAGCUAAUAAUACCUCAGUGUUGUGUCCAAGGCAGUUGAAAUUCAUCAGCUGAAAGGUAAUCUGCUGAAAGACUUGGUUGCCAGCUGCCUAAACCAUGUACAGUAUUACCAAUAUCCCAAUAAGAUAAUUCUCACCGUGUUCAGUGCUUGGGUGUUCCCCAUCCCUCUUUAUUCCCCAAUGUCACUACUGAAUUUUGACAGGGGAAAGGAAUAGAAUGAUAGCUUUUUUGUUUUCGAAGCUUUCAGUGAAACACUACAAAUGCAGAGGAAAUUAAAAGGAACAAGGUUUAACUAUUUAAACUGUUUGCUGCCACAGUGCCCAUGGAUAGGGGAAGAACUUCACAAAUCAGUGGUACUCUUUGCCUUGUCUUCCCUGAAAACAUCUCUGCUCUGUGAAGCCAGAAUCUAUACAAUCACCUCUAAAGAUGAAAAGGAAAAACUGCAUGCAUUGUCUGUACAAUACACAGUGAAAUACCCCAGAGCUUUUCCUACUGUACAUAGCUCUAGAGCCUGCUUUAAGUGAUUUCUUUUCUUCACCUUUAUUAUUUUCUUGUACUUCUGUAUGUAUAGUGUAAUAGUCUUUUUUGUUAACUUUCUUUUUUCCCUUUAAGUGAUUAAGCACGAUCAUGUCCCUUUUUUAAGCUUUUAUCUGAGAGAAGCAAUGCCUUAAAAUAAGAGCAUUAAUGGUAAGAAACUAUGCACAAAAUAGCUUUCCUCUGCUCAUUCUGUACAUUGCUCUUGUAAAUGCUGAUGAUCUGUGAAGACCUGCAGAUGCAGCUUGGUAAAAAUGCAGGAAAAGUUGGAAGAGUUAUACAUAUAGUUCACGCUGUACACUGAGUUUUACGGUGGGUGACACAAGAUAAUGUUUUGUCUGGCACAAGGAAACAAACUAAAACUUUCAACCCACCAACAGACUAGCAUCCGAUUUAAGCUUGCUUCAUCUGCUGGGUAUCUUGCAGACUCUUGAAGAGAUAUUUAUCGGGGAAGUACAUACAGUACCGAAAUCAACAGCAGCAGCAUCAUACAGCUUUGUUCAGAGAACUUGAAAUACUUUCCUAUUUUGGCAGCCAGUUUCUAAACCUGACUUGGUGGUGAAGUCUUAUAUUUAUAGAAAACAAGGAUAGCAAUAUUUAGGACAACUGAAAUAAAGGCUGGAAAAGAGAAAUCAAGCAGACUUGAACACUGAAGCAACCUCAGCAUCUCUUUAUUUUGAUUAUUUUUAAAGGAAAAUAUUCAGGUGAUCAGGAAUGUAUGUAACUGAAGUCAAGAAAAUGAAAUUAUAUUACAGUACACAUGAAAAAGACAGUAUGUAAAUAAUAAUGUAGCAGCACUAAGUGAGGCUGGAGGGACUGCUAAAAAUGUAGCAAAAGGCAAGAGAUAAAAUAGACUGUCACCCACUGUAAACAUUUGCCAGUGGACAUUUUUAAAUAGGAAUUUUACAAGUGAUCUAUGUGAAUGCACAAAGACCUUUUGUUUUGAAGGCUUUGCAUUUUUUAUGUGGGAAUAAAAUGACAAUCCCAGGUAAUUAGGCAGUAGACCCAAAGCACUUGCAUUCAAUGCAUUUUGUUUAUAAAAAUGAGGCCUUGUUUUUCAGCUUCAUCUGCAGUUCUAUGUGAAGAUUGACAAAUCAGUUUUUACCUGUUUUAUUAAUAAAACCUAAUUUGGAUAUCUUGAGUUGAUGGUUUUGUGAUUUAGCUGGGUAAACUGUCUUUGUAACAGAUAAGUUAUUUAUAAAAAUUAAAAAAAAAUUAUAUUCUAA